AUGGGUGUAGGUGACGCAUCCAUCCCCUCGAGCGAGCGCCCUGAGCUUGGGUCUGUCAAUCUUCCAUUGGGUGCAUUUCCAGCCUCGUCAACCAGCCAGUCUGUCGAUGCUGCCAAGAUCGCCGACGAGGUCGUUGCCCGCUUCAACAAUGCUAUUUCGAAGAAAGACUAUGCAGCUGUCGCGGACCUUUUCUGCAAGGAGAAUAGCUACUGGAGAGAUCAUUUGGCUCUUUCUUGGGAACUCCGGACAGUAAAGGGUAGCUCGGGCAUCAAAGCAUAUCUAGACUCUAGCAAAGUCCAAUUGACAAAACUCCAAGUCAGCAAGAGCUCCGAGUUUCGAGCCCCAAAGUUUGGUGCGAUAGACCUCCUCGGUGAAGUCAGGGGCGUCAACUUUUUUGUGAAUUUCGAGACGAGCAUUGGUCGCGGCGAAGGUGUAAUGAACCUGGCUGAUGACAAUGGGCAAUGGAGAAUCUUUACGCUCUAUACUUUGCUACAGGAGCUCAAGGGCCACGAGGAGCCUCUCAAUCAUCGCAGAACCAAGGGCGUAAAGCAUGGUGGUGACCCCAACAGGAAGACCUGGAAAGAGAUGCGGGAUGCGGAAAGAGAAGGCAUUGACCCUACAGUACUCAUCUUGGGAGCUGGGCAGGGUGGGCUUACAGUCGCUGCACGACUGAAAAUGCUUGGCGUACCCGCAUUGAUGAUCGACCAGAACGAAAGGGUGGGUGACAACUGGCGCAAGCGCUAUCGGCAACUUGUACUACACGAUCCAGUAUGGUAUGACCACCUACCAUAUGUGCCUUUCCCUGCGCAUUGGCCAGUAUUCACACCCAAAGAUAAGCUUGCCGAGUUCUUUGAAGCGUACGUAACCCUUCUUGAGCUCAACGUUUGGACUUCCACAACUAUCAAGUCAACUUCGUGGGAUGAGGGUAAGAAGCAGUGGGCGGUGACGGUCGAGCGCCGAAAAUCGGACGGGAGCACUGAAACGCGGACACUGCACCCGCGACAUAUUGUGCAGGCGACUGGCCAUUCGGGCGAGAAGAACUUUCCCAAGAUAAAGGGCAUGGAAAGCUUCAAAGGUGACCGCCUAUGUCACAGCUCUGAGCACCCAGGCGCGAAUCCAGAGUCAAAGGGCAAGAAAGCGAUAGUCGUGGGAAGCUGCAACUCUGGUCAUGACAUCGCACAAGACUUCUUCGAAAAGGGCUACGAUGUGACUAUGGUUCAACGUAGUACAACAUGCGUGGUUACCUCCAGCUCUAUAACUGAUAUCGCAAACAAGGGCCUCUACGACCAAGACUCACCACCUGUCGAUGAUGCCGAUCUUACCUUUUGGAGUAUGCCAAGCGCAUUGUUGAAAUUGAUACAAACCAAGGUCACUGCAAUCUCAGCCCAUGCUGACAAGGAAAUUCUUGAUGGUCUUCGUAAAGCUGGCUUCGGCCUGGAUAAAGGACCGAUGGACUCAGGCUUGCUUAUGAAGUACUUCCAGCGCGGUGGCGGCUAUUACAUCGAUGUCGGUGCAUCUCAAUUGAUUAUUGAUGGUAAGAUCAAGAUCAAGCAGGGCCAGGAGAUUUCUCAAAUCCUACCUAACGGCAUUGAGUUUGCUGAUGGCGAUAAGUUGGAAGCUGACGAGAUUGUGUUCGCAACCGGGUAUCAGAACAUGCGUACCCAGGCACGAAAGAUUUUUGGUGAUGAAGUCGCGGACCGUGUGAAUGAUGUUUGGGGCUUCAACGAAGAGGGUGAGUUCCGGACCAUGUGGCAGAAGAGCGGGCACCCCGGUUUGUGGUUCAUGGGCGGCAAUCUUGCUCUGUCUCGUUACUACAGCAGGAUCUUGGCAUUGCAGAUCAAGGCUAUCGAGGAGGGGAUUGCAGGUGCUUCGGGGUCAGCUGCAAAGGCAAACCUAUAG